AUGGCUCUGAUCCCUACCGGAUCAGUGGUACAACCUAUUAUAAAUGGAAUCCUCGGAUUGAUAUUGUUAAUAACGCAGCAUUCUCUGUUCUGGGAGGACUUCUUGGCCGCCGCACAUCAGUGCAUUGGAGGCCAGAAGGCUCUCCAGAUUGCUCAAGAUGCUACUACAACUGCCCGGAUGGACGCCGAAGACGACUUUUUCUACGCCACCGAGAUGAUCUCUCUCCUGAAGGAAGACUGGACGGAUGCUCGGGAGGAGAACAUUUUCCUCCUGGAUGAGAUCGAAGACUUGAAUUUGAACGAAGCUGCUCUGACCACGACAAAUCAAGAUUUGCUGGACCAGUUGAUGGAAGAGAAGCAUAACGCUGAAGGGCUUCGUAAAGAACGCGACUCUGCUGAAGAGGUGAAUGAACACCUGAGGCAGCAAAUAGAAGAGUUGCAGAAGGCAUUAACACUAAAGGAAAAGGAAGCAGAAAAUCUGCAUGAGAACUCGCAUGCAGAGAGAAAGAAUGAAAAAGUUAAGGCCCACGAAGCAGAGAGAAAGAGACUGACCCAGGUGGCUACAGAACUCGAGGAGAGACUGCGAGUCUCACAGCGAGAACCAGCAUCUGUUCUCACUAGAAAUCUGGAUCAAGUGAAAAAUCACGGUCGUGAGACGCAGGAGACUCAAGGUCUGCAGAAGGAGGCCCAUUUCAUGGAAGCCAGAGUUCAGUCGCUUCCGAAGAAGAUCAAAGAUGAAAAGCCUAAGAAUGAUGCCUCGACUGAAGAGAACAAAGCAAAAGGAAACAUGUUCUACAACCUUGGACGCCUGGAAGAAGCUUGUGAAUGUUUCCUCAGAUUACUGAACGUGGCCGACGACAAAGCGGACUACAGGCUGAGACUGGGAUUGUGUCUCUUGUUGCUUGGCAGACACAGCGAAGCUAUGGUCCAGCUUGAAGGAUUAGAUGGUCGAAAAGAUUUGGUUGCAGCCACCAAAGCCCUCCAAAAAAUGCAAUGUCACGGCUGCCCCUACUACAUCCUGGGAAUUGCUGAAACGGCUAAUUUGAAGGAUAUAGAGUGGGCAUACAGGAAGCGGGCACUCAAGUUCGACCCUGAUAGGUGCCAAGGGUCUGAAGAAGAGCAACAACGUAGGAAGGAAAUCAUGCAGAAGGUCAAUUAUGCCAACGACCUCCUGCAUGAUGCUGAGGAAAGACAAGAAUACGACGCUGCCAGGGAGUUCAUCAAGGAACAGGCAGCUAGAGUGUUUCAAGAUCCUCAGGAGGCCAUGAAAGUAAAGAGGAAGAGACCUGGAAGGAGAGCGAAGAGGAUGAAUACUAAAGGACACUAG